GGAUCUGAUGGACACUGCAGCCUGUGUGACGAUUGGUUUCAGAUUCCCCACCUCUGCUGUUACCAUUUGGAUGCGGAGGAUUCGGAAGCGGCCGCACAGAUUGAGGACGGGACAGGGCAGGUAUUGAUGCCACAGUACCGAUAUCACAGCUGCUGAGCAAUAACAUAGCUAAUCCCAUAAAGAAGAUACCAUGACCCGUGAGGAAGAGAUACCAGACUGGGAGGGAGCCAAAGAAUUUUAUGCCAAAUAUGACCCAAAGGAUGUUCUUGGCCGUGGUGUUAGCAGCGUUGUCAGGCGCUGUAUCGAGAGGAAGACAGAAAUAGAAUAUGCUGUGAAGAUUAUUGACAUCACAUCUGAACAUCUGACUCCAGAGGAGCUAGAAGAGAUUUGCACAUCCACUGCUCAGGAAAUCGGCAUCCUCAAGGAAGUCUCAGGACACCCACAUAUAAUUUCAUUAAAUGACUCCUAUGAAUCUUCAAGCUUCUACUUCUUGGUGUUUGAUCUGAUGAAGAGAGGAGAGCUGUUUGACUACCUCACUGAAAAAGUUACUUUAAGUGAAAAAGAGGCCAGAAGCAUCAUGCGAGCACUGCUCGAGGUUGUUCAGUUCCUUCAUGCCAAGAACAUUGUACACCGAGAUCUCAAACCUGAAAACAUUCUCCUCGGUGAUGACAUGAACAUCAAGUUGUCUGACUUCGGAUUUUCAUUACUACUUGAACCAGGCAAAAAACUGAGAGAAUUGUGUGGAACACCAGGAUAUCUGGCUCCAGAAAUUCUAAUUUGUUCUAUGGAUGAAAAUCACCCUGGCUACAGCAGAGAAAUAGAUUUGUGGAGCUGUGGAGUGAUCAUGUACACACUGCUGAGUGGAUCGCCACCAUUCUGGCACCGGAAACAGAUGCUGAUGCUCAGGAUGAUCAUGGAUGGAAAUUACAAUUUUGAUUCUCCAGAAUGGCAAGAUCGAUCAGACACCGUGAAAGAUCUGAUCUCUCACCUGUUGGUAGUAAAACCUGAAGAUCGAUUCACAGCAGAUCAGGCCCUGGCUCACCCUUUCUUCCAGCAGUACCUGGUGGAGGAGGUUCGUCAUUUCAGCCCUUUCAGGAAGUUUAAGACCAUCAUUUGGACUGUGCUGGCCUCAGUUCGUAUUUAUUACAAGUAUCGCAGAGCAAAGCCCCUCACCAAGGAGGUGCUGGUUCGUGACCCUUAUGCUAUUAAGGGAAUUCGUAAAGUGAUUGAUGGCUGUGCCUUCAAGGUGUAUGGACACUGGGUAAAGAAAGGUUUGCAGCAGAACAGAGCAGCAUUGUUUGAGAAUUCUCCAAAAGCCUUCUUGUUCUCACUGGGCACUGAUUUUGAUGUGCCUGCACAACGGUUGGAAUAAAUCCCACCUCUGUUCAAUUGGAGUUAGUCCUAACACUCAUGUGGUUCUUUGGCCAUUACAUCUGACCUUACUUCCCUCUUUAGUUAUUCUAUCUCGUAAUGGGGUGAGCGUGAGUGUCAGAAUCUAAUUGCUAAUUUAAGAAUUAUAGAAAAAUAGCACCCAGUUAUAGUGAUUAGAAUUUACAGCAGGCGGGUGUAAGGAGCUAACUGUUUAGUUUACUGGUAGAUGCCAAUGUGAGUCCUCUACCCUUCAUGUUGGAGUCCCAGUAGUGCCCUCUUCAAUGUGUCUGGUCUAUCUGAUCAGUUCCAGCUGAUGAUAGUGUCGACCUCUCCUGCCACAAGUGCAGGUUCCUUUCUCCACACCUUUUCUGUCUCAGUUUCCCAUCCUGAGGAUUGGGAUUGUUCUCCUGACCACACCAAGCAUUUAUCACUAAUUCUGGUCUCUCCUUUUGCUGCUGACUUUUCCUUCUAGUUUUUCUUCUCUUUAUAAUAUCCCUAUUUUAGCCUCUUUACCUCAUUCUUUUCAAUACGGUCUAUCAAUCUCUGUUUUUCAUGGACAUCUGCCUUUCCCCCUACGUUACUUCUCCAAUCUGCUCUGGGUAUAUUUUUUCUGGGGCUGCCACAUUAGUUUUAAAAGCUUGCUCCCUCUUCUUCCAUUGCUGUUUCACUUAGCCCAUUUCAGCUCCAAGAGUCACAUAUUAAAAACACCUUGGGUAGAAUUUUACUGCCCCUGACAGUGGGUUUGAAGGCUAGGGAUUGGAGAUGGUGGGGGUGCAGCUUAUAACAUACAGCAUAUGGUCUGUCUGCCCCUAUAUGCCACCCCGACAUGUCUCCCAUUUUAUGGGAUGGGAGAGAGAAAUGGAGACAUUGGGCAGCCUGCCCGCCCUUGGGUCUUUUGAAGUCCAUGAGCAGCCAAUUAAUGAUCAUUUAAGUGGUUCACCCACCCCCUCUGCCCCCCUCCCCCACCAGUACUGUACCUGUGGCAGGUAAUUAAGAAUUAUAGAAAAAUAGCACCCAGUUAUAGUGAUUAGAAUUUACAGCAGGCACGUGUAAGGAGCUGUUUAGUUUACUGGUAGAUGCCAAUGUGAGUCCUCUACCCUUCAUGUUGGAGUCCCAGUAGUGCCAAGGGAUGGCACCCUUGGGAUACUGCCCCAUGCCAAGUGGGUAACAUGGCAACUUUCACUGGGUUAGCUGGUGUCAGGUAAAGAUGGGGAGAAUUUCCUUUGGGGGUCCCUUGUGCCCAUCAGAGAAAUCCGCUUCCCUGAGGGUCAAAACCCCUUUUAAUCCUCCACACGUGCAGCCCCCUCACACUCCUUUUGGGACCUGCCAGGUUGGCUCCACCAAUACCCCAAUCUUACCUUCAACCCUGUCUCCAUUAGCUCCUCUUCUUGGAGAUUGCCUGUUGUCCCAGCAGUGGCUUCCACUCAAACCUGUUGCUGCUGGGACGACAGAUACAAUCAGGUCAUCUGAUUGGACAGAAGCUCUGAAUUGGGCCUUCCUCCCCAGAUGGGGACAGAAGUCUCGUUGUUAGCCAAUGUAUAACCCUGCUGAACAUUAACUGGCUGCAGGGCAGCAGGUACUGGCAAGGAUACAUUCUGCCAUCUGAAAAAUUCUGCUCGCUGUCCUGGGCUGGGGUCCCUGCCUCCCAGUGUUUGAGAUUUGUCAGGGGAGAGCCUGCCCCGCUCAGCCGCUUCGCCCUGCAGCUGUUUAACGGCCAUUGAGUUGUUAACUACUUUGCAGUAAGUCUUCCAGCACCAUCUAUGGAGGAAGUACCAUCACCAAGAGUUGCUGACCAAUAAGAAGGCUGGCAGCUCUUUUGUCACAGCACUUCCACCAGGAUUGGUUGUCAUUCCUGGGAUUGUAGCUGGUCUCCAAUAGAGAAUGCCGCUGGAACAAGAUGUGAAGACAAGUGCAGUGGGUCUCACUAGGGCCAGGCUGGCAGCCUGGGGCAAGGGGGUUGUGUUGGAGGGGCUGGGAUUGACCGGGCUGGGGGUUGAGGGGUAAUGCAGAGAUGGGAAGGCCUUUAGGGAGAGCUCCGAUGGACCCAGUGAGCUUGUAAAGGGGAUACUGCCCCUUCCUGCUACUAUCCCGAGCAGUGAAAGCAUCCAGACUUCUUACUUGGCACCAGCCUCCAUCUGCCAUGGAAAAAAAUGCAGUGGGAGCGGAAAGUGGCCCUUAAAUGAACAUUAAUUAACCUAGGGGCCUUCAUGGUCCACGGGCAGACAGGCCUCCCAGUGUUCCCCUCUCCCCACCCCAAUCCCUUGAGUAAAACCGCAGCAGGAGUAGGUGGUGGGCGGGUAGGCACCAGGAAUGGCACCCUUGGCAUUGCACCCAAUUUUACAGCUCCCUCCCUCUUCCAUCUGUCAAUACACCCACAGACAUUGGCAGGAUUGUGUAGGAGUGUCUUGGAAACUGGCUCCCCAGACUUCACCUUUGAGCCUGUGAAACUAAAAAUAAAAAUGCAGAAAUGAACCAAGAAGGAAAUCCAUUGGUCUGCAGGGAAUGGAUUGGCUCCUGUUGUUCAGUGCAUGAUAGAGUGAACGAUUCGCGCUUUCAUUGCAUGUACUGUGUGGUAUGAAGUGUAGCCUGUUUCUGUUCAGGCCACUUAAUGAGAAAAUUAAACCAUUUUUGGGGCUGUGUGGAA